CGAGCUUAGUACUACAGACAGUGGUAGUACAGUUCCUGCCCUAUUCCCUGCCUUGUAGUACUACACAAACAAACAUUGGCUUCCUCUGCCUCGAAUUCUUCCCCAGUUGUGUCUUCACCAGAGUCUCCAUCGUCUAACUUACCCAGGCAGCCUCCCGACCAAUUUCGCUUCUUCCGAUUGAGAUCAAUCAACUGCGGGUUGAUUCGAUCUCUUCUGAGCUGUGGAAGAUUUGAGGCGACGUGCAGGGGGACUGUUGGGGUGCUUAUUUUUGUGGGCAGUCGCGGUCGGAGCUGGGUUCCACAGUCUGUUGUUGCGCGGAUGGGGCUGUCGUUUGGCGUUGCGUCGAUGGGAUGUCGCUGCUGCUAGGCUGGGACUUUAUGUGUAGGGCUGGGAUGGGGUUACAUCGGAGCCUGGGGGUGGAAAAGGAGAAGGAAGAGGAGGAGGUGGUGGUGACGGUGGGUCUCGGGUGGUUUUCGUGGGAAGUCUAUGAGCGGGUUUUCCUGGAGGGGUAGGUGCAGUUCAGAAUUGGUGGUUUGGAGCUCACGUGACGGAUUAGUUGCUCUUCACUGCAAGCUUGCUCUUGAAUGUACUGCCCAAGUGAGCGUGGUUUGCGAACUCUGUAAUGAACAACAGAUUUGGGUGUUAUCAAGAGUCUAUACCAAGCUUCGUAAACUUUCGAAGAUUACUUCUCAUUUUUCCAACUUGUAGAAUUUACCUGAAGACUUUUUAUCGACGUAGAAUGUAGCAACAUUAUGAGUGUAUUGUAGCGUUUCAAACUGAAGCUUGUACUUCCAGCGAAGCACGUUUCUGAGGUGGAAUGAUUUUUGGCGGGUACACAAUUUUCUCGAAGGGUGCGCUCGAAUUGUAAAUAAUCGAACUCCACAUCCUCUUUCAUCUUUAGAAAAGUUGGUGAAAAUGGCGUCCGCCAGCCAUUUACAAUUGACAAGGUUUGAUAGUUUUCCCUCAAAUGGGUCAACAGGGAGUCUUGAGAAUCUACCCCUCCUAAAUGAAGCCAGUAGGAACUGCUUCAGCAUCAGCGACGGUCUCCUUAAGACGCAGAUAAAGAAACGGUUGGAGCUCAAUGUGAUAGGGAUGAGAUGUGCAGCAUGUUCUAGCUCUGUUGAAAAUGCGUUAGGCAAAUUGAACGGUGUAGAAUCUGCCACUGUGGCUUUACUUCAAAAUCGAGCUGUGGUUGUCUACAAUGCUGACCUUGUCAGCGAAGAUGACAUUAUCGAGGCGAUCGAUAAUGCAGGAUUUGAUGCCAUCAUUGUGUCAAGCACCCCCGUCUCCUCUGAAGCCAAUGGUGAUGCUGCUGUUUCAAACAUUGUUGGCCAAUUUCGAAUUCAAGGAAUGACUUGUGCCGCCUGUGUGAAUUCUGUGGAGAGCGUGCUUAACAGCCUCAACGGAGUCAUACGUGCUUCUGUCGCCCUCGUCACCGAAUCUGGCGAGAUAGAAUACGAUCCGAAAACCAUCAACCAGCAAGAUAUCAUUGAGGCAAUCGACGAUGCAGGGUUUGACGCAACACUGAUGGACAGCAGCCAAAGAGAUAAAAUCAGAUUUGUUGUAGCGGGCAUGUCGUCUGUUCAGGAGAAGGCCAACGUGGAGUCAAUAUUGUGCAGCUUGACGGGAGUGAAGGAGAUUACGGUUGACCCUCUUACAUCAAAAGUUGAAGUUCUGAUUGACCCCGAGGCUAUUGGGCUGCGUGCCAUAGUGGAUGCAGUUGAAGCUAGUGGAGAUUACAAAGUUGUUAUCUCCAAUCAAUAUACAAACAAGUCUCCAGAGGAAUGCGACGAGGUCGGGCAUAUGUUCCAGUUAUUUCUGUGGAGUUGCUUGUUCAGUAUCCCUGUUGUGUUCAUUGGGGCAAUCUGUCCCCAUAUUUGGAUUGUGCAGCUUCUCCUGCGCGUCAAGUGCGGUCCAUUUUUGCUCUCAGAUUGGCUGAAGUGGGCCCUUGUUACACCUGUCCAAUUUGUUUUGGGCCGUCGGUUUUACGUCGGAGCUUACAGAUCACUGAAAAGGAAAUCAGCUAAUAUGGACGUGCUUGUGGUGCUUGGCACAACAGCCGCAUAUGUGUACUCCGUAUGUGCUGUCCUGUACAGCGCAUCCACUGGGAUUCAACUUCCAACGUACUUCGAAACAAGCGCCAUGCUCCUAACUUUUGUCCUUCUCGGGAAGUAUUUGGAGGUUCUUGCGAAAGGAAAGACCUCGGAGGCCAUUGGGAAGCUUUUGCAGCUUGCUCCCACUACUGCACUCCUUCUCACCGUCGACUCUGCGAGGAAGGUUGUAGCUGAAAGAGAAAUUGAUGCUCAGUUGGUUCAGCGAGGCGAUUUGCUGAAGGUGCUGCCUGGGGCAAAGGUGCCCGCAGAUGGGAUAUGUUCAUGGGGCCAGAGCCAUGUGAACGAGAGCAUGGUCACGGGUGAGGCAUCACCAGUCCCCAAAGCACCCGGCGAUUCUGUGAUAGGCGGUACUAUGAACGUCAACGGUGUUUUACAUAUUCGUGCCAUGCGGGUUGGUCGUGACACAGCGCUUGCACAAAUUGUGAACCUGGUUGAGACUGCACAGAUGUCAAAAGCGCCGAUCCAAAAGUUUGCCGAUUAUGUGGCAAGUAUCUUUGUCCCGGUGGUUUUGUUACUGGCUGCUCUUACUUUCAUGGUGUGGUAUGUGGCGGGGAAAAUGGGAGCGUAUCCUGAUUCAUGGAUUUCCGCUGGCGGAAACUAUUUUAUUCACGCCCUCAUGUUCGCCAUAUCCGUGACUGUUAUAGCCUGCCCCUGCGCCCUGGGGCUUGCGACGCCGACUGCCGUCAUGGUUGCUACUGGAAUUGGAGCUCAAAACGGAAUUUUGAUUAAGGGAGGCGAUGCUUUGGAGCGCGCCCACCGUAUUCAGUGUGUGGUCUUCGACAAGACGGGGACAUUGACAAUGGGCAAGCCUUCGGUCACACAUCAAACAGUGAAGAUCUUUGACAAAACUCCCCUGGCGGAGUUUCUUACAAUAGUUGCGUCUGCAGAGGCAGGAAGUGAGCAUCCCAUGGCAAAAGCAUUGGUGGAUUAUGCCCACAACCAUUUAGUGUUUCCCGAACCACUGAGAUCAGGAGAGAUGCCUCGAACUAGAGAUUUGAGUUGGAUGCGGGAAGCAUCCGAGUUUGAAAAUGUUCCCGGUGAGGGUGUGCGUUGCAAAAUCGUUGGAGUGUCGGUACUGGUUGGUAACCGUAAGCUGAUGCGAUCGGCAGGAGUCACCGUCUCGGACGAAGUAGAACGCUACUUGCAAGAAACGGAGAACCGAGCGGGUACUGGGAUCCUUGCUGCAUUUAACGGAUCUAUAGUUGGCGUAGUUGGCAUUUCAGAUCCUUUGAAUCCAGAGGCAGCUCUUGUGGUGGAGGGUCUUCAACGCAUGGGCAUCCGGUGUGUCAUGGUCACUGGAGACAACUGGGGCACUGCCAGGUCGGUUUCCCGACGAGUGGGAAUUGACGAGGUCUUCGCCGAAGUGCUUCCAGCAGGGAAAGCUGAAAUUAUACGCAACCUUCAGUCUGAUGAAACCAAGGUCGCCAUGGUAGGCGAUGGCGUAAAUGAUUCUCCAGCUCUAGCGGCCGCAGAUGUGGGUAUUGCAAUCGGAGCAGGCACAGACAUCGCCAUUGAGGCAGCUGACUACGUGUUGAUUCGGAACAACUUGGAGGAUGUCAUAACAUCAAUAGAUUUGUCGCGGAAAGCUUUUGCCAGGAUCAGGGUGAAUUAUGCAUUUGCCAUGGGGUACAACAUCCUUGCCAUUCCUCUUGCAGCUGGAGUAUUCUUUCCAUAUUUUGGAUUACGAUUACCACCCUGGGCUGCUGGUGCGGCUAUGGCUUCCUCCUCCGUUUCUGUGGUUUGCUCCUCGCUUUUGUUGAGGAUGUACACGAGACCUCGGCUCACUGAGUUGCUGCAGGUCAAGAUUCAACGCUAGCAACCGGGACUGUUCCAUGUCCCUUAAUUCUUUUUCAUGUAAAAUAACAAUCGCUACAGUACCUGCUUGGAAGUCGUUCCCUAUGAGUACGAAGUAUACCGCGGAUUCACGAAUUCCCUGACCCUUGAGAUGUUAACGAGGCAAGAGUAGAUAGUUUUUGGAGUGGAGUUUUAUUGUUUGGCCAUUUUGUAGGUCAAGAAGAGCAUGUUUCUCGCUCUGUACCUCGAUGAGGGUUGGAGUCGCAACAAGGAUGGUGAUGCCGCGAAGAGGAGUCAACAUAGUGUAGAUGGAUUAGAGGGAUCAAUCAGUUCGAAUCCAACUUGAGUUGGAUCAUACAUGUAAUUCGUCGCAGAGGUCCUCGGGAUUGUAACCUGUUGCAGUCUUUUGCAAUGGCCUUGUUUGUAAAAUUUUCCCCGACGACAAGGAGAUGAGCUUCUAGCUGGGAGUGGCAUUCCUAUAUAUGAAUUCAAUACACAGCUUGGUGCCAGUAUGCGUUUGGGUUCUA